UAUAAUAUUAUUAUAUCUCAAGCUUCCCCGUGUUCUAAUUUUGUGCAAUUUUGGUUUCAUUUUGUUCGGACUUCGGUCUUGGGUUUGUCUUUCGUCGUCUAUCAGUCACGACUCACGAGACACGAAUCUGUUGCCGAAUCCCGGAGUGCAUGUCCGACUAUUGACAAAUCAUAUUUUACCCAUUGAAAUCUGUAACGGACUUAUAGAAAUAGAAUAGUCUGAGCAGAUACGUCAUAUAUUCAUCUGGUCACUGGUCAACGCAAUGGCAACUACUAGCAACGAGUCAGAUUCUUCACGAAAGAACACAGACAAUAAAGAUAAUGAUAGCAAAGAUGAACAAAAUAACAUGUUUGAAUGUAACAUAUGCUUGGAUAAUGCAAAGGACGCAGUUGUCAGUGUUUGUGGCCAUUUAUUUUGCUGGCCAUGCUUGCAUCAAUGGUUAGAAACUCGAUCAAGUCGACAAGUAUGCCCUGUGUGUAAAGCCGUUAUAAGUAAAGAUAAAGUAAUACCAAUUUAUGGACGUGGAAAUACUAAACAAGAAGAUCCCAGAAAUAAAGUGCCACCUAGGCCUGCUGGUCAAAGAACUGAACCUGAUGCUAAUACUGGAUUUCCUGGUUUUAACUUUGGAGAUGGCGGGUUUCAUUUGUCAUUUGGAAUAGGAGCAUUUCCUUUUGGAUUUUUAACAUCGUUUAAUUUCUCUGAUCGUCCACAUGGAGUUCCAAUUGCUGGUCAAUUACAACAAGAUGAUCAUUACUUAUCAAAAUUGUUCUUGUGGAUUGCAGUAAUAUUUAUUAUUUGGCUAUUGUUAGCGUGAUUUACUUAUACAGUAUGUUUUCUUUUUAUUAUUAUUUUAUCAUUUAUUGAAUUACUAAAGUAAGCACUUCACAGUGGCUUCUUUUAUUUUAUAAUAAUUUUAUUCACUAUCUAGUUUUAAAUCAUUAACUAUAUAAGCUUUUCAAAUUGUCUCUUCAGUUUUUAUUUUUUUGGUGCUUAGUCUGAAAUCCUUACUGUGAUUGUUAGUUAUAUUAUUAUUUUUAUAGUAUAAAGAACUUAAGUUAUAAUUUAGCAUUAAACUUUUUAACAAUUUGACAAUUAUUAAUCUAGGGUGUCAUGAAUAUUCUUGGAAAAGGCAAUAAUUUAAUCAGUUCCAUGUUUUUAAUUAUAUUACAUUUUCCAAGCAAAUAUUAAUUUUUGUAUUGUAUAAUGUUAUUAUAAUUGAAAGUAUUUAUUUCCAAUUUCACAGUCUAAUUGUUAUUUAAUUACUGUUUGUGAGUAUUGUUUUAUUCAUUAUUAUGAUAUUUAUGAUGGUUUGUUUUGAGUUAAUUAUUAUUAUUAUUCAUAUAGUAUAAUAAUUUGUUUUGAUUUGUUAUGAUAAAACUAAUCCUUUUUUUUCAUUGUAUUCAUCUCCUUUAAUGUAAGAUUAUUCAACAUAUUGUCUGUUAUCCAUUACACCUAUUUAAUAUUAAUUUUUUUCUUCAUUUAUAUGCUCCUAAUUCAGUCCACUCUAAGAUAUGCUUAAAGAUAGACUAUAAAUAAAAUUAAUAUUGAAUAUAUUUUAUCAUUAAUCUUUCUUAAGAUUAUUAACUAAUUUUGAUUGACGAUUCAUCAUUGGAAACUGAAAAGGUUUAUAUCAGAGGUGUAUACAUUAAUUAUAAGUUAUUUGACUACUCUUUUUUAUUUAUAAAUAUUUAUUAUGUAUAUACUAUGUAUAACGUGUGUUACAUAACUAUUUUAUUAAUAUAAUUUCUAUAAUUAUGACAUGACAGAUUACAAUCUGCAGAUUACACUUUCUAGUUUUAUUAAA